UCAAACAGUUUUUCGAAAUAAAAGUUCUUGAUUUAAUAAAUCCUUAGCCUUUCAAAAGUGUCUUCAAACCAAUACUGAUAUUUAAUUCAUACACGAUAGCCAUAGGCCUUUUUUUGGAAAUGAUCGGAAGGACUGGAUCGACGACUAAUCGAAAAAUAAUUCUUGCCAGGAAUCCAUAGAGUUUCCAACUACACCUAAAAUGAUUUCCCACUUGGACUGAUUCAACGGAAAAGGAAUUAUUAAAAUUUUCAAGGACACUUUUCUUCCAUAGAAAAACCCUGCUAUAUGGGCGGCCAACGUUUGCGGAAAUAGGCCAGUACCAUCCUAGUUACUGGCCAAGGUUAGCGAAGAUUGAUGCGAUUGUGAUGUGACGGUAGGCCUAUAAAGCAGUGGGUGUCACGUGUUGUUAAUGUAAAACGGACCUGAGGUAGAAACAUGCAGAUAUCUCUACUUGCAGAGUUCCAAUCUCUGAAGGCACACCGAGUGUAAACACAUCAGGUGUUACCUUUUGGCCGGUCUGUGUAACCACUCCAAUGGAGUUUGACUAUGAACAUUUUAGCGAAGCCAGUUAUGAAGACAAAAUGUCAGUUUUCCAGUACACACAAAAAAGACAGAUCGGCAAACCACCCAGAAUAUCGCGGAAGCUGGAUUCGUUUGCAGCAAGAAAGUUACCCUAUCUUCUCAAGGAGAAAGAGAUACCCCUAGGAACGACCAACAAAGUCUUUGCUUCGGAGUGGCUGUCAGACCGACAGAUUAUCUUCGGAACUAAGUGCAAUAAGCUGAUUGUGCUAGAUGUCUACACUGGACAGCAGUGUAGGUUGCCCAUUAUCAAAAGCAGAACCGGACGUGUCUAUGAGAACUGUGUGUACACACAGUCUCUAAGUUUUGGCGGGAUCCACAGCAUAGCCACAAACCCCAGCAAGACAUUGUUGGCCACUGGGGCAGAUAACCCGGACAAUGUUGCCCUCUAUAAACUACCUUCAUUUGACCCAGUUUUCCUUGGUGAGAACUGUCACGAAGAUUGGAUAUUUGCCAUUGCGUGGCUUGAUGACCAGUAUUUUGUAACAGGUUCCCGAGAUUCAAGUAUAGCCUUGUGGUCUACAACAGAAACACAAAACAUUGAAGAAAAGACUCUGUCCAAGAAUGUCUACCUCUCCAAAGGCAGAUGGCGGGAGUCCUCAGUCCGGCACUACUCUGAGGACGAGGAAUCAUGGUCCUCGUCACCAGAGAGGCUGGACUCCUACCAGAGUGGAAGUGAAGACAGUGCUUACAGCUCAGUAGAGGACGUGUCCAAUCACACAUGUCUGAAGGAUGUUGCUCGCAAGUAUUGCCAAGACAAGGACAAGGUUCGAGCACUGCAGGUGAACGAAUUUAAGAAGGAUCUGGCUGUGCUGACGUCAAACGGGUUCAUCUACACCAUCGACAUGGAGACUUUCGAUCAGCUAGAUGUGGAGCACCUAACGUACUGCCAGGAGAAUGUCUGUAUAGCCCUGUCUCGAGACUACUCCCUCUAUGCUGUGGGGUCACAGUCCCACAUCACUUUCCUGGAUCCCCACUCACUGAAGUCCAUCACAUCUAUAUGCUCUAAGGAACGAGGAAGCGGUGUCCGUUCUGUCAGCUUUAGGGAAGAGAUUGUAACCAUAGGCACUGGCAGGGGUACUAUACGCUUCUUCGAUAUCCGGGCCGGUCGCUAUCUUCCAGAUGAAGCACGGCCCAAGAAGGAAUGCACCCUUCGAACGGGGCAAGGACACCUGAAUCGAGAUGACAUGUAUUUCCAGCACUUCUACGGAGAGCAACAUGGGAACGCAGCGUACACUCACGCUUAUGAUAAAUCCGGAACCAGACUAUUUGUUGCCGGAGGCCCCCUUCCAGCAGGACUCUCUGGAAAUUACGCUGCAUUGUGGCAGUAGCCCACUGUAACACGAACCACACGAGGACAUUGUGAGGCACAAGGUGUUGGGAUUUUGAAUGCAAGAAGGAGAAAUAGUUGAUGCCCAGUGGUGCUACUGGUGUGUAUUCCUCACUGUAAAGAUAACUUACGCUGCAGGAAGUUAAAUCUUUGGUGUCUGACAAACUUGCAGCUGUACAGAACUUACAGUAUGGAUAACUGAGGAACCUGCAAGUGGAGGAUUUUUCAUCGAGUAUUUUCACAAGCAUUUUGGAGCAUGUGUGCACUGAAGUGGCAGCAUGAAAGAUCGUCACUCUGGCAUGAAGUUGCAUACAUAUUUUUGUUCGGCAAUUUUCAGCAAUUAUUUGAUGAGAUUAUGUGGAUAUUUAUAUACCCCUUUUGUCGCAAAGGUUUUGCUCAUUCACCCUAUGUUAACAAGCCACUUUGGAGAAGUGAAGCGUGACGUUAUUUUGAACCAGGAAGUGUAGUGGAAAUGAAGUACGUGAAAGUGGUUCACGCUCUGGUACUAAUGCCUAUUACACACAUAAUUGUGCACGUGACAUAUUCACUUCAGUACUCUAGCAAUACCACAGAUCAAGGUACCACUUGCUUCAGGCUUAGUUCUGGCAAAUUGCUGACCUGAGCUGGAUGUCCAGAAAUUUAUGACAUGCUGACACAGUUGCAGUACCACAGUGCUGAAAAGGAGGGAUGCAUCAAUUAUAUAAAGUGGCUGUCCUUAAACAGGUGGUUUGAUUAGGAGAACUGUGUACUGACUUCGACGAGAUGUUGCUAACAGCCAGAAACGCUUUGGUGUGCACUCAUUUUGCUGAUGAUCAAAUGACAGAAUUUCUUUCACAGAAACCUGCGUCAUUGUUUGGCUUGCCAUACUGUGGAGAUCUGCAUGCCAAAACUUCGAGACACUUGUGACGUAUGUGGCACUGCUAUCAGAGAGAUCAUCAAAACUUAUCAUCUAAAAAUUUACAAGUCCUCUGCUUUUGUCCUUCACCUACCUACUUGGGAUACUAGUACAAGACUGAGGGUACUAGUGCAAGACUGAGGGUGCUAGUACCAGACUGAGGGUACUAGUACAAGACUGAGGGUACUAGUACAAGACUGAGGGUGCUAGUACAAGACUGAGGGUGCUAGUACAAGACUGAGGGUGCUAGUACAAGACUGAGGGUACUAGUACAAGUGCCCUCAUGAGACAGUUUGGACAUGACUGGCUGUCAAGACCGAGUUGAUGACAAUACAUUAACUUCAGUCACAGUCACUGGUGUUACUCAACAAAGUUAGGCUUGCACCAGAGGUCCAAGUUAGAACUGUGGGUACACAGACGUACAGCAACUUAUCUCAAAAAACCCAAAACUGCACUGACAUUGAUGACAGAAAUUAUACAAGAAUCUACUCACAGAUAAGAAAGUCAAGGAAUUUUAUAGGCGUUACAACUGUUGUCGGGUACAGAUCUGCAUGAUAUAUUGACAGUAAGGUGACUCCGGAUGUUGGGUGAAAUGGUAGAAUUUUCAUGUAGAGUGAGUUUAUCAAUGGGUGAUCUUGCUUUUUCAUAAAUUUCUCCUCUCAAUUUCAACCAAACUUUACGUGUACAUGAAGAUUUUCAACCUAUAUUGGAGGAAGGAUUGUCCCGAGAACUUGCAGUAUCAGCCACUGUAAGUCUAGGAAUGGAAACCUGUUCCACCUGUUUAAAAGCAUGAGCCCAGUCCCAUUUGCACGCUUUAGGUUGUUGAAAAAGAUCGACAAUGCUCUCAAGUCCUCCUUGUACAUUGGAAAUAACCACACCACCCCCUCUUCCUGCUCGGUUUCCCCUAAAAAUUGCACCGUAAAAGGAUGUCAACUGGUCAAGUAGAAAUUGUUCACUCCAAAAUUCAACUUACAAUGUAUUUAAGCAACAUCCAGUGUGCUUGUACCAAAGGUAUUUUUUGACUAGCAUGCCUGUAUAUUGAUGUUGACAUCAGUCUCAUUUUUGAAGCGAGGUUUGGUGCACUUUCUUGAAAUUUGGGGUUUUUAUACUACAUAAUUAUAUAAAUUCCUUAAUGGUAAGCACUGAUGUCAUCAAGGCAGCAACUACACCCAUUAGUUUAAGGCCAUUUUUAUAUGAACUGAAUGAAGUAGUAAAACUUUCAUUUAGCACUUUAACAUGCCAUAUUUACAUUUGUCCCUCGAUUACAUUACUGAAAUGUGGGACCUGCUUACACAGACAAGUAAAAAUGGAAACAGUGACAGUGGUGUGCCAUGUGAUAUUUUGCACUUGUGCUCGGGGCGGACGCCCGUUGUGCUCAAAGAUCAUCAUGUGAAUUACUUUCCACUUUGACAGCGGCCCCCCACAGGAACAAGCGAAGACAAGGAAACACCCAGCCAUGCCAAUCAGUCCGUAGUGUCAUACUUAACGAGACCACUAAAUGGCCGGAGGACUAAGCGCAGUAUCUUUGAAAAAUCACGUAUUUUACUGAAUACGGUGGUUUAAUGUUCAGUGUUUUUGACAACUCAGAAAUAAGUUACCAUUUGUCUGUGAAAAAGGGUCCAUAACCAGCCGCCUUUUGAAAAAGCAAGGUUUAGCCCAAGAAUGAUAAGUCACGAUUGCAAUUCAAAGGAUGCUUGCGGAUUUUGUUCAGAUUAUCAAUUAGCCCAUAAAAUGAUCCAAACAAAUUGUGGAAGCAUGUAAUGGGUUCCAUUGGUCGUAUGACAUCUCAGUGAUAGUCCCAGAUUUGUCAAUUUGUUUCAAAACAGCCAAGUAAGCUAUUUUGGUAAAGUUCUUGAAAGCAAAAAGAUCUUUUUUGUAUAAAAAGAGAUAUUUGAAAUACUUUGUUGCAUGUAUUAGAGAACUAAUGUUUUAAAGAGCUCAAUUGUCUGGAAUUUUUAUUGAACCGGAUUCUCAUAUUUUUAUAUGCCACGUACAUUUACGACGUGAAACAUGCCAUGGCACAUCAAACCAUUUUGAGAGUGCUUUGGCUGCCAGUUUGCCAGUUCUCCUCGUGUCCCUUACUACAACGAAUUGAUUCAAGUUUACAUAAAUAAACACUUUAAAUCUCAGAGAAAAAAAGCCGCCACUAGUACCAUUUCACUCAAUGGUUUUGAAAGACAGCCCUCAGUUACAACAUAAAAAAACAAAAGUAAUAAAAGAUAAGUUUAAGUUGUCUCGCAGUGUCUUAUUUCUUUGUCUAAAUUUAUCCUUGGUUACUUCACAAACGGUAAACAAAGCUGUAAAUACCUAUUUUGUAAACAUAUUUAUUGCUGAAAUUUAUUUGGCGUAUGAUUCCUUUGAUUAAAUAUUUUGUACGAUUCAUUUUUAUGUACAGACACCAGAGUGAUUUUAUUCAGAUGCUUCUGUGUACACAUGCAGUGUGUCCCUGUUCUCACAGAAUGCACAAAUAAAUACCAACUUUGUAUGUGACGGGGGUCUUUGUACUUUGUGUACUUUUAGCGUGUAAUAAAAGGACGAAACUUUCUAUUUUUA